CAUCAGGCGCUGGCUGUGGGGAUGAGUGGGGAUGACAGCACCGGGCCCUGUGGCUGAUGUGUGAAGCGGUAUGGAAAAGACCAGGAUUAACAGAGGUCCUGGGAUCUAGCGGACUGAAUGCGACCUAAACUCCUGGUGGAUCCCAUGGGGGAAAUGAAAGAGCAGCCCAGAGGUUGAGAAUCACCAAUUACCUUCCACUUCAAAAGGUGCCCACCCGUUCUGCACAGCCGCCUCUGCCACCCAUUGACCUCCGUGAUUAGAGCCAUCGCUCACCUGAUGAACGGCCUCACCGAGAUGCGCACACGAUCCAUCACCUCAAGGCUUCUAAACAGGACUCUUCCAUUCCAGAGGGAGUUAAGGGCAUUUAAUCCACUGGCGGUGUGGAGAAGGGAGGACGUCAUGUGGACCUCAUCGCUGAUCGCGCUGCUUCUGCUCGGCCCACUGCGGCCCUGCACCGCCGAUGGAGCCUCGCUCACUCAGCGGUGCAACCCAUCCACAGAUGGUACCAUCUACAAAUACCAGGCCAAGACCUUGAACGGUAGUCGCACUGUUAACUUCAGUGACUACGCAGGAAGGAGUGUGCUCGUUGUCAACGUGGCCACCUACUGAGGGUACACCUUCCAGUAUGUGGAGUUGAAUGCACUGCACGCGGAGAUGAAUACCCUCGGACUGACUGUUCUUGGCUUUCCCUGCAAUCAGUUUGGGAAACAGGAACCAGGCGAAAGGAAUGAAAUCCUGCCAGCUCUAAAGCAUGUCAGACCCGGCAACAACUUUGUUCCAAACUUCUUGCUGUUUGAGAAAGGUGAUGUGAAUGGCGAAGACGAACAAGAGGUCUUUACGUUCCUGAAGAAUUCCUGCCCUGCGGUAGGAGACAGCUUUGGUACCCCCACCAACAGGCUCUUCUGGGAGCCGCUCAAGCUCAACGACAUCAAGUGGAACUUUGAAAAGUUCCUGGUGGGCCCACACGGGAAGCCGGUGAUGAGAUGGCACCCGCGCAUCGAUGUCUCCCAAGUGCGAGCGGACGUUCGCAAAUACCUUCGCCAGCGUUACACGCAAGAAGUGUUCAACUAGACAGAUGCAGUUGUUGCCGAGGCGUAUAUGGAAGCAGUUUGCGACACGUGAAGAUAGCAUUUUAAAUGAAGAAGAGGUUCGAAAACAGAAACCCUGUGGAGCCUCUUUGGAGUCUGGGCCUCCAGGCCUCAGCUCUUCAGUGCAUUCAAGCUGUCCUGUGAGGCCCCCAGCAUCAUGUUGUCUUCUCAAAGCAUCUGCUGCCAUUUACAGUCUCAGUGUCGAUGACUUCUAAUAAAUCCAUGCGAAAUGCA